UUAGAAUAAAGCAAUGGUUCAAACUAUACAAACCCUUUCCUCCCCUGUGCAUCUUCCCAACUUCCGGUGCCGGAAAACAGGACAGGUGCAUCGCAGCAAGCGAUAUACGAUGACGGUUUCUGCAGCGAAAAGAGAUGAUGAUUACGAUGGUAGGAGUAGGACAGGGAAGCUUGUGGACGAGAACAUGGUAGUAUUGAGGAAGCGAAUUCAGGAGAUGAAGAUGGUGGAGAGGAAUGAAGAAGCUCCGGAGUAUUGGAUGGAGUGGGAGAAGAGGUAUUACACAAAUUACUACUACUCUGACGUAUAUGAAGCCGUGGGUUUGCUUCAAACCCAACUCAUGGAAACCAGGCCAAGCGUAGCUUUGGGAAUGGUUGCUCUUGUCAUUGUUAGUGUGCCCACGUCAACGUUCAUGGUGGCCUUGCAUUUGAUGAAGAUGGCCAAUUGGAUCUAAUUAUCUUCAGGGUUUCACCUCUCUUGGUCUUAGUCCUAUAGGCAAUGUUUCAUUUAUUCCACUCCUUUUUCUUUCAUAUUUUUUGGCUCUUAAUUAGCAUUGUUAGCU